AAAACCAAUUUAAUUUAUUCAAGAAAUUUUAAUCGACCAACUAAACAAUGAAGACACUAAUUUUAGUGUCUUUAUACAUAAUCACCACGUUCAACGUCAAGGGAGACGUUAUCCACGCAAUAAAAACCGUUCAGCAACAUCCAAAACCUGUAGAAAUCAAUGAGUUAACGUUAAAAUCGAAUUCGAAAACCGAUUUUUGGUGGCAAAGCGAUAACUCGCCGUUGAAAAAGGCUCAAAAUCAUUUCACGGCGUGUUCGAAAUCGAAAAGCUGUUUUAAAACCGCCGAAGAAGUCAACGAUUUAACCUCAAAGCGGGGUGUUAACGAAAACGAUGACGAUUUAAAGGUGGAUUUGACUCAAAACGUAUUUUUUAAUGGAGAAUUUAAUGGAAACGAUGCGAGAUUAAACCAAAAAAAUUAUUUUAAUGGGCACGGUAAAAUUGUUAAAGACUCCGGAAAUGGAUUUUUGGGUGUCCAACCCGUUGAGGUUAAGUUCAGUCAUCCAAAACCGUUUUCGACGGUUCCUAUUAAUGGAAAAUGUGGUGGAAAUGGAUAUGUGUGCGUGUUGAAGGAAAAAUGCGGUCCCGAUGGCGUCUUAAUCGACCCAAAAGAUGGAUUUAAUGCAGAAAAGCCGGAUUGCAAAGAAUUCGAAAACAUUUGUUGCCGCUUACCGAAUUAUUCAUCCUCCUCAUCGUCGAUUCAAGGAUUUUCAUCGUCGCAAGCUUUCUCAUCAUCCCAAGCAUUUUCAUCAUCGGGAAAAUCAUCGUUCGGAAUCAAAAAUUUCGGCACAUUUUCGAACAGCAUCAGCCUCACGCCGGAUAUUCGAAACGCUGGCGAAUCUGGUCAUGGAGCGGGACUUGGAUUUAAUGUAAUCUCAACGACUUCAAAACCUCAACGAGACGUCACUUUUAACCCGAUUUUUGGGUCAACCGUUGAUUACAGCGAUACUCAUUUCGGAUCGGAAGUUCGAUUCGGAUCAACAAUAAAAGGCCCCGAUUAUUUACCCCCGUAUGAAACAACAACUCAACCCGGGAUAAUUUGUGCAGAAAAUGAGAUUAAAAUUAAUGGAAAGUGCGAAAAAGUUAAAGAAACUUGCAAAGGAGGCCAAAUUAUCGUUAAUGGAAGAUGCGUUUGCCCCGCAAAUCAAGUUUUAAUCGCGGGAAGAUGCGUUCAAUGCGGCGAGAACGAAGUCUUGGUUAAUGGAAGAUGUCAAAGGGUGACUACUCCUCGUCCAAGAUGUUAUGCACCGGAAAUUUUAAUCGAUGGAGUUUGUAAAGUUCCAACAACUCCAACAACGAGUUGUGAAGGUGGUCAACAAUACGUUAAUGGAAGGUGUCAAUGUAGUUUUGGGUAUGUUUUUGUUAAUGGAAGGUGUCAAAUUACCACAACUCCGGCUCCGAGUUGCGAAGGGGGGCAAAUUUAUAUUAAUGGAAGAUGUCAAUGCUCAUUUGGACAACAAUUUAUUAAUGGAAGAUGUCAAAUUACGACAACUCCAGCUCCGAGUUGCGAAAGAGGACAAAUUUAUAUUAAUGGAAGGUGCCAGUGUCAAAGCGGAUAUGUUUUGAUCAAUGGAAGAUGUCAAAUUAAAACUACACCUCCACCAACGUGUCCACCAGGUCAACAAUUCGUUGAUGGAAUCUGUCAAAUUGGAUACACGAGCACACUUCCUCCAACGCCUUUGUGUCUGCCCGGCCAACAAUUAGUUAAUGGACAAUGUACAUGCGCAGUUGGUCAAGAGUUCAUCAAUGGAAGAUGUAGACAAAUUACAACUCCAUCUUGCGAAGGAGGCCAAAUUUACAUCAAUGGAAGGUGUCAAUGUCAAAAUGGAUACACUUUUGUUAAUGGAAGAUGUCAAAUUACCACAACACCACCUCCAUCUUGCGAGGGAGGGCAAGUUUACAUCAAUGGAAGGUGCCAAUGUCAAUUUGGGUACACCUUCGUUAAUGGAAGAUGUCAAAUAACAACAACUCCAGCUCCAAGCUGCGAAGGGGGUCAAGUUUACAUCAAUGGAAGGUGUCAAUGUCAAAAUGGAUACAGUUAUGUUAAUGGAAGAUGUCAAAUUACAACAACUCCAGCUCCGAGUUGCGAAGGAGGUCAAUCUUACAUCAAUGGAAGGUGUCAAUGUCAAUUUGGGUACACAUUUAUUAAUGGAAGAUGUCAAACUACAACAACGCCUCCUCCAAGUUGCGAGGGAGGCCAAGUUUACAUCAAUGGAAGGUGCCAAUGUCAAUUUGGAUACACUUUCGUUAAUGGAAGGUGUCAAAUCACAACAACUCCAGCUCCAAGUUGCGAGGGAGGUCAAACUUACAUCAAUGGAAGGUGUCAAUGUCAAUUUGGAUACACAUUUAUUAAUGGAAGGUGUCAAACCACAACAACCCCAACUCCACGUUGCGAAGGAGGUCAAAUUUACAUUAAUGGAAGAUGUCAAUGUCCAAGUGGGUACACCUUUAUAAAUGGAGAAUGUGAAAAAGGAUAUACAAGUACAGUUCCACCAACACCCUUGUGUCUGCCUGGUCAACAAUUAAUUAAUGGACAAUGCACAUGUGCAGUUGGACAAGAAUACAUCAAUGGAAGAUGUAGACAAAUUCCAGCCCCCAGCUGCGAAGGAGGUCAAACUUACAUCAAUGGAAGGUGUCAGUGUCAAUUUGGGUACACAUUCAUUAAUGGAAAAUGUCAAACUACAACAACACCUCCUCCAUCAUGCGAGGGAGGCCAAGUUUACAUCAAUGGAAGAUGCCAAUGUCAAUUUGGAUACACUUUUGUGAAUGGAAGGUGUCAAAUCACAACAACUCCAGCUCCAAGUUGCGAAGGGGGUCAAGUUUACAUCAAUGGAAGGUGUCAAUGCCAAUUUGGGUAUACAUUUAUUAAUGGAAGAUGUCAAACCACAACAACCCCAGCUCCUAGUUGCGAAGGAGGUCAAAUUUACAUCAAUGGAAGGUGUCAAUGUCAAAAUGGAUACACUUAUGUUAAUGGAAGGUGUCAAAUUACAACAACUCCAGCUCCAAGCUGCGAUGGAGGUCAAGUUUACAUCAAUGGAAGGUGUCAAUGCUCAUUUGGACAACAAUUUAUUAAUGGAAGGUGUCAAAGCACAACAACCCCAGCUCCUAGAUGCGAUGGAGGUCAAAUUUACAUUAAUGGAAGAUGUCAAUGCCCAAGUGGGUACACCUUUAUAAAUGGAGAAUGUGAAAAAGGAUAUACAAGUACAGUUCCACCAACACCCUUGUGUCUGCCUGGUCAACAAUUAAUUAAUGGACAAUGCACAUGUGCAGUUGGACAAGAAUACAUCAAUGGAAGAUGUAGACAAAUUCCAGCCCCCAGCUGCGAAGGAGGUCAAACUUACAUCAAUGGAAGGUGUCAGUGUCAAUUUGGGUACACAUUCAUUAAUGGAAAAUGUCAAACUACAACAACACCUCCUCCAUCAUGCGAGGGAGGCCAAGUUUACAUCAAUGGAAGAUGCCAAUGUCAAUUUGGAUACACUUUUGUGAAUGGAAGGUGUCAAAUCACAACAACUCCAGCUCCAAGUUGCGAAGGGGGUCAAGUUUACAUCAAUGGAAGGUGUCAAUGCCAAUUUGGGUAUACAUUUAUUAAUGGAAGAUGUCAAACCACAACAACCCCAGCUCCUAGUUGCGAAGGAGGUCAAAUUUACAUCAAUGGAAGGUGUCAAUGUCAAAAUGGAUACACUUAUGUUAAUGGAAGGUGUCAAAUUACAACAACUCCAGCUCCAAGCUGCGAUGGAGGUCAAGUUUACAUCAAUGGAAGGUGUCAAUGCUCAUUUGGACAACAAUUUAUUAAUGGAAGGUGUCAAAGCACAACAACCCCAGCUCCUAGAUGCGAUGGAGGUCAAAUUUACAUUAAUGGAAGAUGUCAAUGCCCAAGUGGGUACACCUUUAUAAAUGGAGAAUGUGAAAAAGGAUAUACAAGUACAGUUCCACCAACACCCUUGUGUCUGCCUGGUCAACAAUUAAUUAAUGGACAAUGUACUUGUGCAGUUGGACAAGAGUAUAUCAAUGGAAGAUGCAGACAAGUUCCAGCCCCCAGCUGCGAAGGAGGUCAAACUUACAUCAAUGGAAGGUGUCAAUGUCAAUUUGGGUACACAUUUAUUAAUGGAAGAUGUCAAACUACAACAACACCUCCUCCAUCAUGCGAGGGAGGCCAAGUUUACAUCAAUGGAAGAUGCCAAUGUCAAUUUGGAUACACUUUUGUAAAUGGAAGGUGUCAAAUUACAACAACUCCAGCUCCAAGCUGCGAAGGAGGUCAAACUUACAUUAAUGGAAGAUGUCAAUGUCAAUUUGGAUAUACAUUUAUUAAUGGAAGAUGUCAAACCACAACAACCCCAGCUCCUAGUUGCGAAGGAGGUCAAAUUUACAUCAAUGGAAGGUGUCAAUGUCAAAAUGGAUACACUUUUGUUAAUGGAAGGUGUCAAAUUACCACAACUCCGGCUCCAAGUUGCGAAGGGGGUCAAAUUUACAUCAAUGGAAGGUGUCAAUGCUCAUAUGGACAACAAUUUAUUAAUGGAAGGUGUCAAAGCACAACAACCCCAGCUCCACGUUGCGAAGGAGGUCAAAUUUACAUUAAUGGAAGAUGUCAAUGCCCAAGUGGGUAUACCUUUAUAAAUGGAGAAUGUGAAAAAGGAUAUACAAGUACAGUUCCACCAACACCCUUGUGUCUGCCUGGUCAACAAUUAAUUAAUGGACAAUGUACAUGUGCAGUUGGACAAGAGUAUAUCAAUGGAAGAUGCAGACAAAUUACAACUCCAUCUUGCGAAGGAGGCCAAAUUUACAUCAAUGGAAGGUGUCAAUGUCAAAAUGGAUACACUUAUGUCAAUGGAAGAUGUCAAAUUACCACAACUCCGGCUCCAAGUUGCGAAGGAGGUCAAACUUACAUUAAUGGAAGGUGUCAAUGUCAAUUUGGAUACACUUUUGUAAAUGGAAGGUGUCAAAUCACAACAACCCCAGCUCCAAGUUGCGAAGGAGGUCAAACUUACAUUAAUGGAAGGUGUCAAUGUCAAUUUGGAUAUACAUUUAUUAAUGGAAGGUGUCAAACUACAACAACCCCAGCUCCAAGUUGCGAUGGAGGUCAAAUUUACAUCAAUGGAAGGUGUCAAUGUCAAAACGGAUACACUUACGUUAAUGGAAGAUGUCAAAUUACAACAACUCCAGCUCCAAGUUGCGAAGGGGGCCAAGUUUACAUCAAUGGAAGGUGUCAAUGCUCAUAUGGACAACAAUUUAUCAAUGGAAGGUGUCAAAGCACAACAACCCCAGCUCCAAGUUGCGAAGGAGGUCAAAUUUACAUCAAUGGAAGGUGUCAAUGUCAAAAUGGAUACACUUUUGUUAAUGGAAGGUGUCAAAUUACAACAACUCCAGCUCCAAGCUGCGAAGGGGGCCAAGUUUACAUCAAUGGAAGGUGUCAAUGCUCGUUUGGACAACAAUUUAUUAAUGGAAGGUGCCAAACCACGACGACUCCGCCUCCAUCUUGCGAAGGAGAUCAAGUUUACAUCAAUGGAAGGUGCCAAUGUCAAUUUGGGUACACCUUCGUUAAUGGAAGAUGUCAAAUAACAACAACUCCAGCUCCAAGCUGCGAAGGGGGUCAAGUUUACAUCAAUGGAAGGUGUCAAUGUCAAAAUGGAUACAGUUAUGUUAAUGGAAGAUGUCAAAUUACAACAACUCCAGCUCCGAGUUGCGAAGGAGGUCAAUCUUACAUCAAUGGAAGGUGUCAAUGUCAAUUUGGGUACACAUUUAUUAAUGGAAGAUGUCAAACUACAACAACGCCUCCUCCAAGUUGCGAGGGAGGCCAAGUUUACAUCAAUGGAAGGUGCCAAUGUCAAUUUGGAUACACUUUCGUUAAUGGAAGGUGUCAAAUCACAACAACUCCAGCUCCAAGUUGCGAGGGAGGUCAAACUUACAUCAAUGGAAGGUGUCAAUGUCAAUUUGGAUACACAUUUAUUAAUGGAAGGUGUCAAACCACAACAACCCCAACUCCACGUUGCGAAGGAGGUCAAAUUUACAUUAAUGGAAGAUGUCAAUGUCCAAGUGGGUACACCUUUAUAAAUGGAGAAUGUGAAAAAGGAUAUACAAGUACAGUUCCACCAACACCCUUGUGUCUGCCUGGUCAACAAUUAAUUAAUGGACAAUGCACAUGUGCAGUUGGACAAGAAUACAUCAAUGGAAGAUGUAGACAAAUUCCAGCUCCCAGCUGCGAAGGAGGUCAAACUUACAUCAAUGGAAGGUGUCAAUGCCAAUUUGGAUAUACAUUUAUUAAUGGAAGAUGUCAAACUACGACAACCCCAGCUCCAAGUUGCGAAGGAGGCCAACAAUACAUUAAUGGAAGGUGUCAAUGUCAAUUUGGAUAUACAUUUAUUAAUGGAAGAUGUCAAACUACAACAACUCCAUCUCCAUCUUGCGAAGGAGGUCAAGUUUAUAUCAAUGGAAGGUGUCAAUGUCAAAAUGGAUACACUUACGUUAAUGGAAGAUGUCAAGUGCCUCCAACGCGUUGCGAAGGCGGUCAAACUUACGUCAAUGGAAGGUGUCAAUGUUCGUAUGGACAACAGUUUAUUAAUGGAAGGUGUCAAACUCCAAUUCCGGAUUGCGAAAGGGGACAAAUUUAUGUUAAUGGAAGGUGUCAAUGUCAAAAUGGAUACACUUACGUUAAUGGAAGAUGUCAAAUCACAACAACUCCAGCUCCAAGCUGCGAAGGGGGACAAAUUUAUAUCAAUGGAAGGUGUCAAUGCUCAUUUGGACAACAAUUUAUUAAUGGAAGGUGCCAAACCACGACGACUCCAUCACCAAGCUGCGAAGGAGGCCAAAUUUACAUCAAUGGAAGGUGUCAAUGUCAAAGCGGAUAUAGAUUCGUUAAUGGAAGGUGUCAAAUCACUACAACUCCAACCCCAAGCUGCGAAGGAGGUCAACAAUACAUUAAUGGAAGGUGUCAAUGUCAAUUUGGGUAUACUUUCGUUAAUGGAAGAUGUCAAGUUACUACAACUCCGGCUCCAAGCUGCGAAGGAGGUCAAGUUUACAUCAAUGGAAGGUGUCAAUGCCAAAGCGGAUAUAGAUUCGUUAAUGGAAGGUGUCAAAUCACCACAACUCCAACUCCAAGCUGCGAAGGAGGUCAACAAUACAUUAAUGGAAGGUGUCAAUGUCAAUUUGGGUACACUUUUGUUAAUGGAAGAUGUCAAAUCACAACAACUCCAGCUCCAAGCUGCGAAGGAGGUCAAACUUACAUUAAUGGAAGGUGUCAAUGUCAAUUUGGGUACACUUUUGUUAAUGGAAGAUGUCAAAUCACAACAACUCCAGCUCCAAGCUGCGAAGGAGGUCAAACUUACAUUAAUGGAAGGUGUCAAUGUCAAUUUGGGUACACUUUUGUUAAUGGAAGAUGUCAAAUCACAACAACUCCAGCUCCAAGCUGUGAAGGAGGUCAACAAUACAUUAAUGGAAGAUGUCAAUGUCCAUUUGGUCAAGAAUUUAUUAAUGGAAAGUGUGAAACCGGAUACACGAGCACAGUUCCGCCGACAUCUUUGUGCUUACCAGGUCAACAAGUCAUUAAUGGACGAUGCGCUUGCCCGAUUGGACAAGAAUACAUCAAUGGAAGAUGCCAAGUGCCUCCAACGCGUUGCGAAGGCGGUCAAACUUACGUCAAUGGAAGGUGUCAAUGUUCGUAUGGACAACAGUUUAUUAAUGGAAGGUGCCAAAGUCCAAAACCAGAUUGCGAAGGGGGGCAAAUUUAUGUUAAUGGAAGGUGUCAGUGUCAAAAUGGAUAUGUUUUGAUUAAUGGAAGGUGUCAAACUCCGAAACCAGAUUGCGAAGGGGGGCAAAUUUAUGUUAAUGGAAGGUGUCAGUGUCAAAAUGGAUAUGUUUUGAUUAAUGGAAGGUGUCAAACUUCGAAACCGGAUUGCGAAGGGGGGCAAAUUUAUGUUAAUGGAAGGUGUCAGUGUCAAAGUGGGUAUGUUUUGAUUAAUGGAAGAUGUCAAAUUAAAACGACUCCCCCGCCUUCGUGUCCACCGGAUCAAGAAUUUAUUAAUGGAAGAUGUCAAAGUGGUUAUACAAGCACGGUUCCGCCAAAACAAUUGUGUUAUCCGGGUCAACAAUUAAUUAAUGGAGUGUGUUCUUGUCCAUCUGGUCUCCAAUACAUCAAUGGAAGGUGCCAAACCACCACAACCCCGGCGCCACGAUGCGAUUAUGGACAAACCUACAUCAAUGGAAGAUGUCAAUGUCAAAAUGGAUACGUUUUGAUUAAUGGAAAGUGUCAAACUCCAAAACCGGAGUGUGAAGGGGGACAAAUUUAUGUUAAUGGAAGGUGUCAAUGUCAAAAUGGAUAUGUUUUGAUUAAUGGAAGGUGUCAAACAACUCCUCCCCCCGCGAGAUGUUUAGCAAACGAAGUUUUAAUUAAUGGAGUUUGCCGAGUUCCUACAACUCCCCCACCACGCUGCGAAGGCGGACAAACUUACAUCAAUGGAAAGUGUCAAUGUUCGUUUGGACAACAGUUUAUUAAUGGAAGAUGUCAAACUCCAAUUCCGGAUUGCGAAUCGGGACAAAUUUAUGUUAAUGGAAGGUGUCAAUGUCAAAAUGGAUACGUUUUGAUUAAUGGAAGGUGUCAAACUCCAAAACCAGAGUGUGAAGGGGGACAAAUUUAUGUUAAUGGAAGGUGUCAAUGUCAAAAUGGAUACGUUUUGAUUAAUGGACGUUGUCAAAUAACAACAACAGAAAGACCCGGCUAUACUUAUCCAACCCCAACUAAACCAUUCUGCCGCUUAAACGAAUACGUUCUAAACGGAAAAUGCGUCCCAAAACAACCCGUCAACCCCGAUGGAAGUUAUAACUACGACAAACCAGACACCAAUUUCGACAGCUCCAACGAUUACCCCCCUAGUUAUAUCCCACCCGAUAACGGAGGAAGAGAUAAACCAACAAAUGACCUUGAUAACAUCCCCGAAGGCGAUAAACAAAUCACGACUCAUUUGAGACCGACGACACCACAAACACCUUUUAAUCCGAAUCAAAAUAAUCUUCCGGUUUAUUCGGGGUGUGCGGCGGCGUUAAAAUGUGUCCAAGAAAUUUAUUGUACGAGUGAAGGUACGAUUUCGGGGGUUCCCGUUGUUUUGAGUAAAGAGCAGCAAGAGAAUCGAGUCCCAUUGGCGGUUUGUACCCUUUUGGAAACUGGUGGGGAAGGGAAAUGUUGUCGCGAUCCUAAUUAUAAGGAUCCCUGGCCGUCGGCGAAUUUAAUCGAUGGAGUCGAUGAUGGGACUUAUCGCGAAGAUAACACUUUGGGGCAAUAUCAGGUUAAAAAGAGGGAAUCUAAUAAUAAAUUAAGAGCGGUGAGGUCGGGGAAUUUUCCGCGAAAUCUUGAAGGAUCUCAACUUAAUACCCCAUCUUGUGGAAUUAGAAAUUUAGACUCGAAAUUAACAUCUAACGGACCUUUAGAGGUUAAUUUCGGUGAAAUCCCGUGGCAAGCUAUGAUUUUAAGAGAUUCCACGCGAACUUUGUUGUGCGGUGGAGUCAUUAUUCGUCCAGAUGCCGUUUUAACAACCGCUAAAUGCAUCGAUGGAAUCGAAUCUAAAGAUAUUUUGGUGAAAGGUGGCGAAUGGAAAUUGGGAGUCGACGAAGAACCGCAACCGUUCCAAAUCGUCAAAGUGGCCGCGGCGGUGCGUCACCCGCAAUACCGCGUUGCCAACCUAACAAACGACUUAGCCGUUUUAGUUUUAACCGAAAAAUUGCGUCUAACCGGAAAUGUUGGAACUUUAUGUUUAGACGAGAAUCAAAAUGAUGUUGAUGAUGAGAGUUGUAUCGUUACAGGGUGGGGGAAAAGAAUAUUACAAGUUCACCUUAAAAACGCGAUAAUGCACUCAAUCGACGUUAAUAUCAUCAAUAACGAGGAAUGCGCCGAAAAAUUAGGACCAGAAACUGAGAUUGGGGCGAAAAAUUUGUGCACCAUAUCAAAAUCGAAUCAUUGCGAGGUCGAUUAUGGAAGUGCUUUAGCCUGUAAAUCAAAAUCGGGUCAAUACGCGUUAAAAGGAAUCUUCAGUUACGAUUCGGGAUGCAAAAACGAUCGGCAAGUUGGGGUUUACACCAAACCGGAAGUCGGAUGGGUCGAAGAGAUGGUUUCGAAACCGCAUAAAGCUUUGAGAAAAAUCGAGCGGGCGUUUUUAGCGGCGAACGUUUGAAAUUAAUCCGUAUUGUUAAGAGGAAUACUGCCGAUAAACAAGAAAAUGAUACUUUUUAAGAAAAAAUCUGUCAAUAAUUACUAUAAGAAACUGUAAAACUGCCUUGUAAAGUGUAAAUAAACGUUUAUCUUAUGUUUUUUUGAAUAAAAA